UUAAUAAUAAAUAUUGUUGAAUGACGUGAGGAAGAAAAACAAAACAAGAUCAAUAGACAAGAAAGAAAAUGAGAUCGAAAUACGACUCUGAAGAUUCAAACGCAUAUAAAUGUUGUUUCUGUUGUCAUGUUAGAGUUGGGACAAUCCUGUUAGGGCUGUGGCAUUUGUUGAUACAUUUGCUGGUGCUGGGAUGUCUGGUGUCAACUUCUCUACAUCCAGAGCUGUUACGUGACAGUGUACAGCCUGGAAGUUCAAUGAAUACAGAUGGUAUUGUUGUGUACGAGACGGAGAGUGCUGACUUGAAGAAAGAUGACCAGGAAGUUAUCAUACAGUACGAGACACCAAGUUUUAACUCCACAACUAAACUUAGAAAAGAAAACUUAUGUUUGUUCUUUGCCCUGGUAUUGUGUACAUUCCUGGUGGCUUUGAUGCUUGUAUAUGGUGCAUUGAGGAGUCGUCCAAGCUGCUUAAUGCCAUUCUUCUGUCUGCAAGUGUUUGAUUUUUGUUUAACCUGUCUUACAAUUGUUGGCUACAUGACCUAUGCUCCUGAUGUCAAAGUCUGGCUUAUUCAACAAGGAUUGGCUGAUUAUCCAGGUAUGACUCGUAUCAUGGAGAUGGAGGAACAAUGGUUGAUGCUCUGGUGUGUUAUUGUCUUUGUCCUUAUAAUCACUGUCAAGGCUUACCUGAUCAACAUGGUGUGGGCAUGCUACAAGUACCUACAACUGAGGAAUAUGAACAGAAGUGUAGUGAGAGAAUAUACACUUGAUCCUGAUAGUGAGAUGCUACUACCACCCAAGUAUGAGGAAGCUAUGAAGUGUCAACCUACAGGUCCCCUGCCACCACCGUAUACUGCUUAAUCUCUCCAGCUACACUUCUUCUAUAAAAAAAACAGCAAAAAUAUACACAUAUGAACCAAAUGAACUUUGUGAAUUUUUUUUUUUAACUUCUCUUAAUUAUAUUCAAUUUAUAUUUGAGUGGAAUUUCAAGUGAUCAUUGAAUUGUAAAUUAAAAAAUGUGAUUUUUUUCUUGUGAUUUUUCAGUGGAAUAUUUCUGAUAGUCUUUAUGUUAUUGAUAUGAGGGACAAUAAAUUACAAUAUAUUUUACUUGCUUAAUUAUAAACCUUGGCACUGUUAUAUAUAUUUAAAUCCUGGUUGACAAUAGGGUAGGAACAUUUUAUUUUCAUGUUGUACUUUUCAUGGAAGUUUGUGAAUGCAUGUUUGUAAAAUCUGGAUUACAUCCCUGAUGUAUACUUUAUGAUCCACAAGGAUCAUGUAAUUCCAUUGUAUGUAUGAAAAUAUAUAAACAAACUUAAAAAAACACUUCUUAGGGGGAAAAAUGUCUAUUUUUUCUUAACUUUUGAAAGAAAAAUAGGAAAAUGUUAAGAACUUUCGUUUACAGUAGACAAGGGAAAAAGUGGAUGAUAAAAAAAACACUUGUAAGAAAUAUUCAGUUAACAAAUUUAAUGAGCAAAAAAAAAAUAAAGAAAAAAAUCCCGCAAGUAUGCAUCAAGUAUAUAUUAUAACAGUAAUGAUAAAGUGUGAGAGAGGAUGAAUCAUUUAUUUAAUGUUGUAUUUUAUUUAUACCUAUUUACUAUGCCUACAUUCUUCUAUUUUGUCCACUCUCUCUCUCUUAUUUCGAAUUGAUUCAAGUGCUCUAGAUCUUGUAGGUUAACACAUUUAUUGUAGAAGUUUUAUACUAGAAUUUAUUACACAUUUGUUUUUUUUAUAAACUCGUCUUAACUAGAGUAUUUUGACAAAAUAAUAUUUUAUUUUUUAAAUGACAUUCUACAAACUUUUUUGAAAACUGAUUUAUAACUUUAUUUAUGAGCACUUUCUUCUAUGUGUAUGUAAACACUACACCUCUAGGAAUGAGAUUUAAUAAGACAUGGGAUGUGGAAAUAUUGUGAUUGACUGUGAUAGAACCAAGAUGUUGAUGUUAUCAUAUGUUACUUAAUGACUCAUUUAAAUAUAAAUGAGCCGCGCCACGACAAAACCAACAUAGGGCGUUUGCGAACAGCAUGGAUUCAGACCAGCCUGCACAUCCGCGCAGUCUGAUCAGGAUCCAUGCUGUUCGCUUACAAACUCUUUUACAAAUAGAGAAACUGAUAGCGAACAGCAUGGAUCCUGAUCAGGCUGGUCUGGAUCCAUGAUGGUCGCAAACACAUUACGUUCGUUUUGUCGUGACGCGGCUCAAUGGGCAUUUUUGUUUCAUGAUAAUGUUUUUAUUGAAAUAGGGACAUUUUUGUCAGAGUUUCAACAAAAAUCAUGAUAGUAACAGAAUGUGUUUGUAUUGAAAUAUGUUUGUGGAGAUUUCAGAGGUAAUAAAAUCUUUUGUUUUU